AUGGCCCGCGUCCGCGCCUUGCUCGCACACGCUCUGCCCGCGGCGCUCGGCACCGGCAGCGGGACGCCGACGUCCUACUCCGGGUACCUAGUGGAUUUCUAUUGCUACAGCUUGUGCAAUAUCGGCGGUGUCUCGCUGGACGGCAGCAACGUCAUCAUCGGGCCCGAGGAGCACACGCUGCACUGCCUGCGAGACGUGCCGCAGUGCCGCGACGGCUACUUCCUGGCGGAGCGGACGGCGGGCGGGGAGUACCGCAUCAAGUUCACGCUGGACGAGCACUCCCAGGAAGCCGCGCUGGGUUUUAUCGACUCUUUCCCUAAAGGGAGCAUCCAGGACCACGCGCCGUUGACGGUCACUGUCCAGGGGUAUCACAGCCAGGAGGACGGCGUCCUCAGAGGUGCGGUCUUCACCGCAUGCUCCAACAUCACGGAAUGCGACGGCUAUUGCGCUGGAAGUUGCGACACCCCAGCGGACCAGGAUUUCUCGCUCAAGCCACGUUUCUUGCUCGUCGGUCACGUCGUCUGCAUGUGCCUCUCGUGGGGUUGCCUGUUGCCCCUAGGGGUCAUCUGGGCCCACUAUCUCAGGCAGAACCAGUGGAAGCCUGGGGGUGUGCCCUUGUGGUUCCAGGGCCACCGUUGGCUGAUGUCCGUCGGCGUGCUCCUCCAGCUCGUUGGCUUCGUCUUCAUCAUCCUCUGGAAGAAGGCGGCCCACUUCAGGCUGCCGCACGAGAUCAUAGGCCUGGUGGUCGUCGUCCUCGGCUGCCUGCAGCCCCUCAACGCCCAGAUGCGCCACUUGAAGGCCGUGGGCCACCCGGACCACCCGGGGCCCUGGCGGCGAGCCUGGGAGCUGUGGCACAAGGGGAGCGGCUACACCGCCGUGGCCCUGGGCCUCGCCAACGUCGUCCUCGGCCCGAUCCACGCCGCCCGCAUGCGCUUCGGCUCGGGCCUCCCGGCCGCGGCGGGGGCCUUUGUCGGCGUGUCUCUCGGCGCCCAGCUGCUCGGUGCGGCCGUGCUGCAGGCCCGCCGGGCGCUCGGGGCCGGCCGCGGGCCAGGGCCCAAGGGGGGCGAGGCGCCGCCCGCCGCCUGUCCGCAGCGCUUGUAG